CAUUGGGUUAGCCAAAGCGAGAAUUUACAUUUGAAUGGAAUCAGCGGAGUGUGACAUUAAGGUGUGGUUGAACAGGCGUGUUCAAGUCACUGACCGAAUUCACCAGCAAGCAGUACGGACGUCAAAUUUGUGUGUGUUCUUUUUCGUGCCUAAAUCGAUAGAGCAACCAUGUCCUUAAAUGAACAAUCUUCUUCUGCACAAGAAGUACCUGUCUCCCUGAAACUUGUCGGAGAUACCAUCAAAGCAGCAUUGGGAGAUUUCAAGGGGUAUUUGGAUACCUCGCUCGCCUCAUUCAAAAAAGACAGCGAGCGUAAGCAACAGACGACGUCGGAACAAGUACAACAGCUGAAGCGAGCUUCGGAGCUGAGUUUCCGGUUCAAAGGAAACAAAACCCAAUAUGAUUUCAAUGCAGGUAUUGUAGAGAAAUUAGGAAGGGCAGAAAAUUGUCUCAAAGAAGACGACGGUGGGUCAGCAAAAUCCCUGGUGACAGAGGUCAUUGCAGAUGUAAAAAAGCGAAACAAGCUGAUAAGACUAGCCGAUAAAUCUGACGCAGGCUGGACAGCUGUAGAUGAAUACCUCAGUGACGAGCUCGCUAGUAACUCCGAGGAUGACAAAAGAAUCAGACAAGCUCAAGCAAGGGCGGUACGAAAAAAGCGCCUUCAGAAAAGCAGUCAGCUUGCGAACAAGCGUCAACGUCAAAAUGCUACAUUGGAGCAGUUUUCUCCUUCUACUUCUGGCACUGGGCUUUUUCGAAGUUUUCAGCCAAACCGUAGAUUCAUGCCUGGGGCUACCUCUGCUUGGAGCGCAGGACCAAAGCCAACGGACUUGUGCUUUGCCUGCGGGAAACCAGGCCAUUGGAGACGCAACUGUGGACAGCAAAGGCAGGCAAUGGUGGGAGGAAAAGAACCAGCAGGGGGUAGUACAACUCAGCCCCGACAGUGGUGAAUCAGACGACUCACAUAGUGUAGCAGAAAAUGUAAAUACAGAAACAGGAUGCGAGCCAAGUGGGCUGUGGUGCAUGGACAGUCGGAUGUGGAGGGGAGUUGGUCCUGCAAAGGAAUUGGUCGAGCGCUGAAGAAACCAAAAGUUCCACGUGGAGGGAAUUACAGGCGGUUUCCCUCGCUUUGCAAGCAUUUGCGAAGAGUUUAGAGGGUAAAGUAGUGAAGGUUUGUACUGAUAACAAAGGCGUUGUCUCGGUAGUCAGCAAAGGCAGUAUGGUAGAAGAGUUACUUGUACUCAGUCUGGAUAUAUUCCAAUUCUGUAGAAAGCAUGGUAUUCAACUGGAGGUACAGUGGAUACCCAGAGAGCUCAAUCAAAGAGCUGAUGAGAUUAGUAGGGAGAUAGAUUGGGAUGAUUGGGGUGUAUCAUACAUAUUCUUUCAAUUCAUUGAUAAAAUAUGGGGACCUCAUACAGUUGAUCGUUUUGCAGAUGAAACCAAUGCAAAAUUGCCUACAUUCAAUUCCAAAUACUCAUCCCCUGGCACAAGCCAAGUAGACGCCUUUUCGUGCAAUUGGCAAGGAGAAAAUAAUUGGUUAGUCCCCCCUAUAAACUUGGUGGCGGACGUCCUAAGACACUUGAAGUUGUGCAAAGCAGAGGGCACUUUGGUUAUUCCCUGCUGGCAUUCAGCCCCUUUUUGGCCGUUGCUCUUUUCCCAUCAAAGUUCGUUUCGAAGUUUGGUCAAGCAUACCAUGCAUUUUUCUGAUUCGUCAGAUAUAUUCGUCCAAGGUCGGAAUCACAAGUCUUUGUUUGGAUCACCUUUAUUCAAGUCCGAAGUCCUUUGUGUCAGACUGAAGUUUUCAUUAUGAUGAGGAAUAAGCCGCAUGGCAAGGUAGCCGCAUGGCAAGGUAGCCGCAUGGCAAGGUAGCCGCAUGGCAAGGUAGCCGCAAGGCAAGGUAGCCGCAUGGCAAGAAAAGAAUUGCCGAAUGGCACGUAUAUAAAAGAAUAAAUAUUAAAUAUAAAUUACUUUAUUAAUUACCUAUUUCUCUGCAGAAAAUAUAAAGACGAUGAGUACUCUUCAACGUUGGCCAUGAUUCUUGACGCAUCAAGAGCCCCCAGCACCACUAAAAAAUACAACGCUGCUUUUGCCGCAUGGCAACAAUGGUGUAAGGUGGAGAAGAUCAAUCCGUUACCAGCCAAUGCCAAUGACGUGUGUCGUUAUUUUAUACAUCUCUUCAAUAUUGGUGCUCCAUUCUCGAGAAUCGAAUCAGUUUUCUAUGGCCUAAAAUGGCGUCAUGAUUGUUUUGCGGACUGUAAAGAAAACCCAUGUGACAGUAAAUUUUUACAUAAUGUAUUGCAGGGAUUAAAAAGAAGAUUAGCUAAACCUGUUGAGAAGAAAGAACCCAUUACACCAGAAAUAUUAAAGGCUGUCAUAGACAAGUACGCAGUUCUGAACAGUCUGUUAGAUAUUCGAUUAUGUACUAUGUUGCUUAUUUCAUAUGCAGGUUUCUUGCGUCAUAGUGAACUUAUCAACAUCAGAAGAUGUGAUCUCCAAUUACAUUCCUCAUAUGUUAAUAUCUUCAUAGUUAAAAGUAAAACUGACAUUUUUAGACAAGGAGCCUGGGUGAUCAUUUCAGCAACAAAUACAUCUACGUGUCCAGUCAGAAUGUUAAACAGAUACCUAAUCCUUGCAGAUCUUGUAGAUGAAGAUUCAGAUGAAAGUUUCCUUUUUCGACCAGCUAAUUAUAUUCGAACAGAGAACAAGUACAAACUAAGAUCAGGGCAAUUAUCAUAUUCAAGAUGCCUUGAUAUAUUUAAAAGCGCCUUGUCUUCGGUAGGAGUCAACCCCAAGCGUUUUGGACUGCAUAGUCUUAGAGCUGGGGGAGCAACGGCUGCGGCUCGUAUUGGUGUGCCGGACAGGCUUUUUAAGAAACACGGACGUUGGCGUUCGGAGACGGCAAAGGAUGGCUACGUCCACGAGUCGUUGGAAGACAGACUUUCUGUAUCCAAAAUGCUGGGUUUAUAGAUAGUUUAUCAGCUGUAUGUUGGUUCAGUAAGUUGUAAUAUGGGCAUUUCAAUCCCUGGAUGUGUUAAAAAGUGGAAAUAAAACUUGAUGUUUCCUGAUUAUGAUUGUAUUAAAAAACCCUUAUUUCCCGCUCUUUAAUUCCUGAGUAUGAUAAUGUGGAAUAAAUAAUAUGGGCAAUGCUUGCCAUCGAA